CGGACGUUUCGGCCAUCCCGUCCUCAGAGCCGCGCAACGAUCCAGCGCACACAGCAAAUUAAGCAGCGACCUCCUUCGAUCGAAGAUGAGCCAGGACAAGGCCGCCGGCGAGAAGGCGGCGGCGGAGCCCAAGAGGCAGACGCCGCGGCUCAACGAGCGGAUCCUCUCCUCCCUCUCCCGGAGGUCCGUCGCCGCCCACCCGUGGCACGACCUCGAGAUCGGCCCUGGCGCUCCGGCGGUGUUCAACGUGGUGGUGGAGAUCACCAAGGGGAGCAAGGUCAAGUACGAGCUCGACAAGAAGACCGGGAUGAUCAAGGUCGACCGGAUCCUCUACUCCUCCGUGGUGUACCCUCACAACUACGGCUUCGUCCCACGCACCCUCUGCGAGGACAACGACCCCAUCGAUGUCCUCGUCCUCAUGCAGGAACCAGUCCUCCCCGGCACCUUCCUCCGGGCCAGGGCCAUCGGCCUCAUGCCCAUGAUCGAUCAGGGAGAGAAGGAUGACAAGAUCAUAGCCGUCUGCGCCGACGACCCCGAGUACCACAACCUCAACCAUCUCAGCGAGCUCUCUCCCCAUCGCCUCCAGGAGAUCCGCCGCUUCUUCGAAGAUUACAAGAAGAAUGAGAACAAGGAGGUGGCUGUCAACGACUUCCUCCAGGCCGAUGAUGCUCGUGCUGCCAUCCAGCACUCCAUGGAUCUGUACGCAGAAUACAUUAUGCACAGCCUAAGGCAGUAGAGUGUGUACUAUUACUAUUUUUCCUUUGCCCUUCCUCCUAUGAUGGGAUGCAAAGAAGAUCCCCUCGGAACAUUUGGGAUCUGAUGAACAACCAAGCGAGUUUGUAUUUCUACAUUCUUGCUUUGUAUUAGCCAUAUUUUCCCAUCACUGUGGUACUAUGUAUCUCAAAUUUGUAUUCGAGACCUUGUGGUUUGGCUCGUGUAUUAUCUUCAGUUCUUACUGGACGGACAAUAAUAUAACAAUUUAUCACAUUGA